AUGGAUGACGGGAUGUCUUGGGAAGCUAAGAUAGUUAGGGAGGCGUCUGAUUAUUUUAUAUGUGAAGGAGACUGGCGAUGGUUUGUGGUGUAUAACAAGUUGGAGUUAGGGGACAUGUUGAUCUUCUAUCUUGUUGAGAAAUCAACCUUUCAUGUCCUGCAUUACUCCAAGAAACCUCGUACCAACAUUCGACAUUUUGAAGAACUCAGCUCCGAGGAUGAGGUAGAAAAUGUUGAAGAGAAAGACGAUGAGGAAGAGAACAUUGAAGCUUCAAGAAAAUCUAAGAAAGUGAAAACAGAGCCAAAAGAAUCGUCAGUUCAUGGUACACCGUCCACCGAGUCGGAUGAUGAUUCUACAGAUAUCCUAGAUGGUACUCCAACAAGCAACAGAUCAGGGAAAACAAAAAUUUCAGACAUGGUUGUGCAUUCUGUUGAAAACCUAGGCCAUUGUCCAUUAGGACAGUCCAGCAAAAUGAAAAGACAAGGAGAUACAGAGGAUGAUGUUUCACUUGACAUUCAUAUCAAAAGAAUGGAGAUUGAGAAGAAGCUACAGGGUGUUGCUUCACCUCCUUUCACAAUAGUGGACCACUUAACAAUCGACAACGAAGGCUGCAAGAUGCAGAGUCAACAAUCCAGUGUAAUUUAUGAUGUGCGCAAGACAGUAAUGGAUAAAGAGAAGGCUAUAGCAUAUCAAAGAGCAAAAGCUAAUUUCAAGUCUAAAAAUCCAUUCUUUACAUCUUUUAUGCAUCCUUCGUAUAUCUCCAGAUCGAGCAAUCAUCUGUGCAUAAUGUUGAGAUUUGCUAGGACAUAUAUCCCAGAAAACUGCAGCAACAUAAUGCUUCGUGUUGCAGGCAGGGGAUCUUUGCCUGUCACAUACUAUACGGGAAAAGCACAAGCUAAGAUUGGCAUUGGCUGGGUAGCGUUCGUGCUUGACAAUCAGUUAAAAGUAGGUGAUGUUUGUGUUUUUGAAGUUAUUAAAGGCACUCAGAUCUUCAUGAAUGUCACUAUAUUUCGGGCAGCAGGGAGCAUGCCAAUGCAGGAAACUGAUGGGCAGAUUGUAGUUAGUUUUCAUUAG